UCCCGAAUCCUGGAACUCACCUGGGCUGGAAGGAAGCUGGCUUUUGGGGCACAACUCGAACUGUUUUUAUCCGGGAAGUCCAGGCCACAAGACACUGAUCUCCCCGUCUCCCUCCGCAGCUGUCGAGAUGCGCGUGGCCGUGAUCGGGGCCGGGGUCAUCGGGCUGUCCGCCGCUCUGGCCGUCCACCAACGCUUCCACGCCUCCGUGCCGGCUCUGCAGAUCGAGGUCUAUGCGGACCGCUUCACCCCCCUGACCACCAGCGACGGGGCGGCGGGCCUGUGGCAGCCUUACCCCUACGACCACGGCAACGCGCAGGAGACGGCCUGGAACAGACAGACGUUCGAUUACCUUCUGAGCCACCUCUCAUCCCCGGAGGCGGAGAAAAUGGGCCUCUUCCUUCUCUCCGGCUACAAUCUGUUCUCGGACCCUGUCCCGGAUCCCUCUUGGAAGGAUGCUGUUCUGGGAUUUCGGAACCUGACGCCUAAAGAACUUGAGCUGUUCCCGGGAUACAGCUAUGGGUGGUUCAACACGGCCUUGAUCCUAGAAGGGAAGAACUACCUGCCCUGGCUCACCAAACAGUUAACCCGGCGAGGAGUCAAGUUUUUCCUGAAGAAAAUCAAGUCCUUUGAAGAGGUGGCCAGAGCUGGGGCGGACGUGAUCAUUAACUGCACGGGAGUGUGGGCCGGGGAGUUGCAGCCUGAUAGAGAACUGCAGCCAGGUCGAGGCCAGAUCAUCAAGGUUUUCGCCCCUUGGCUGAAACAUUUCAUCAUCACGCAUGAUCCGGACGCCGGGAUCUAUAAAUCCCCCUACAUUAUUCCCGGGAGCCAGACGGUGACCCUGGGAGGGAUCUUUCAGCUGGGAAACUGGAGCGAAGUCAACAACCCCGAGGACCACCAGACCAUCUGGAACGGCUGCUGCCAGCUGGAGCCCACUCUGCAGGACGCCAAGAUCGUGGGUGAAUGGAGCGGGUUCCGGCCUGUACGUUCCAGAAUUCGGCUGGAGAGGGAGAAGCUGGACCAUGGACCCUUCCAGGCAGAGAUCAUCCAUAACUACGGCCAUGGGGGCUACGGACUGACCAGCCACUGGGGCUGUGCUCUGGAGGCCGCCAAGCUCUUCGGGCAGAUCCUCGAAGAAAAGAAGCUGACCAGGCCCUUCCCGUCCCACCUCUGAAAGACCCUAGACCCCCAGGGAGAGCGUAAUCCACCCAUCCUAACUAAUCAAGUAGCCGACCCGAGUCGUUUCAUCCUCGUGACUCUUGGUGCUGGGAAGCAAGACGCAGGACGGAGCUGGGACUUGAGGAUAAAGGCCCACUGAUGGGGCUGCCUCUGGCAGAGGGCAGGACACGGGGCCAACCAGUUGCCCCACAAUGUCCCCUUUGGCUGGUUGCCGUGAGGAGUCAGUCAGUCGUAUUUAUUGAGCGCUUACUGGGUGCAGGGCACUGUACUAAGCACUGGCAACAGAAUAUAACAGACACAUUCCCUGCCCACAAUGAGCUUACAGUCUAGAGGGGGAGACAGACGUUAAUAUAAAGCAGGGUAUCCCGAAGUAAUAAUCCAUGCCAGUUUCCCUCAUUGCAGCCCUCCAAUGUGGCCUAGUGGAUAGAGAACGGCCCUGGGAGUCCCUGGGAGAACCUGGGUUCUAAGCCCGGCUCUGACACUUGUCUCCUGGGUGACCUUCGAUUGGAAACGCUCAGGAAUUAUCAGAGACCUGGGAUGGGCAAGGCCAGGGUCCAGCUCGGGCUGAUUCGGGGCCGUCGCCCCCAUCGACUAGAAACCCAAAAAGCCAGCUCUUCCGAAGCCGGAACCUGGAAUCAGCUCGCCCUGACGGAAGUGCACUCCGAGGCCCCAUCGCUGGAGGAAGUGUUUCAUUGGGAACACAGACUCCCUCAAUGCUCCCUCUGGUCUGAACUUAAAAAAAAUAAAAAUGAAACGUUCUUUUAGGUCCCUCAGUCCCCAGUUAACGAUAGCAAACGGGCCCCUAGAUGCUUUUAGAAGCAUUAUCAGCAGAGUCUGAUUCACUUUACCCUCCUGGCUUAAAUUGUAACCAUUGAUUGACUGACUGAUUUUUCUUCAGCGAGUCUCAAUCAUGCUCAAUAAAUACCAUUGAUUGA